UCAUAAAGAGAGGUUCCCUUCUUCAUAAAUUUUUUCCCUCACUUUCUUCGCCGAAUCCACACUUUUCCGGCGAAACCAGAAACCCGAAAACCAUAAAAUUCCGACGAAUUUCAACCCCAUGAGGGCCCCGAAGACGCCGAUCAACACCGUAUCGACAUGGGUCCGGCGCCAACCGCCGAAAGUGAAGGGCUUUCUGGCCGUGGUGACCGGCAUGGCGACUCUGGUUCUGCUCCGAUUCGUCGUUCACGAUCACGAUAACCUCUUCGUCGCAGCUGAGGCUGUGCACUCCGGCGGAAUCUCCGUCCUCAUCUAUAAGCUCAUGAAGGAGAAGACUUGCGCCGGGCUAUCACUCAAAUCGCAGGAACUUACAGCUAUGUUUUUAGCUGUGAGAUUGUACUGCAGUGUGGUUAUGGAAUAUGACAUACACACCCUGCUUGAUUUAGCUACUCUGGUGACCACCCUCUGGGUUAUUUAUAUGAUCCGCUUUAACUUGAAGUCUAGUUACAUGGAGGACAAAGACAACUUUGCAAUAUACUAUGUGGUUGCACCAUGUGCUCUACUAGCUUUAUUUAUACAUCCGUCAACUUCUCAUCAUUUAUUGAACAGGAUUUCCUGGGCCUUUUGUGUAUAUCUAGAAGCUGUUUCAGUACUGCCCCAGUUGAGGGUCAUGCAGAAUACAAAGAUUGUUGAGCCAUUCACAGCUCAUUACGUGUUUGCACUUGGUGUUGCAAGGUUCCUGAGCUGUGCCCAUUGGGUUCUCCAGGUAUUAGAUACUCGCGGACAUUUGCUGGUGGCCUUGGGGUAUGGUUUGUGGCCUUCUAUGGUUCUUAUUUCGGAAAUUGUCCAAACUUUCAUAUUAGCAGACUUCUGUUACUACUAUGUCAAAAGUGUUUUCGGAGGGCAGCUUGUUCUUCGUCUCCCUUCUGGAGUUGUAUGAUUUCAAUCUGCUUCUGCUGUGGUCUACGAGCACAAUGCGGUCAACACUUAACUUAGCUAGCAUGUUGUUCAUCCUUUUUUAAGUUCCCCGUUUUGCUCUCCACAAGUUUCUAGUUCUCUCUUUCUAUGAAAAAAAAUUCAUGACU